CUUCUUCCUGGUUGUUUCUCAGCGGUGUGGAAGCGGUCGCGCGGAGCGGUAGGAUCAGACUGAGGCAGACAGGUCGGGCCUGUAGUGUGGAGCUCCGGGGCGUUUUGGGCGGAUAAGGUGGAGUCCCACCGGGAGACAGGAAUGUACACCGUAGACAAGUACUGACGAGCCGGUGAGCAUCAGUGGAAGUAUCGCGGGAGGGAUAUACGGCGAUAUAAAGCGAUUCAAGCCAGGGAGACAAAGUAGCCAAGAAAAAGUAGCCUACAAGUUGUUGCCCACUGGAGGGUUUGUCCCUUUACCCUAACCCCUGUACCCUAACCUCUGUACCCUAGCCCCUAACUCCUGUACCCUAGCCCCUAACCCCUGUAACCUAGCCCCUAACCCCUGUACCCUAGCCCCUGUACCCUAGCCCCUAACCCCUUUACCCUGUACCCUACCCCCUUUAUCCUAACCCCUGUACCCUAGCCCAUAACCCCUGUACCCUAGCCCCUAACCCCUUUACCCUGUACCCUACUCCCUUUAUCCUAACCCCUGUACCCUAGCCCCUAACCCCUUUACCCUAGCCCCUAACCCCUUUACCCUAACCCCUUUACCCUAGCCCCGACCCCAUCAUGGCCCACAGGUCCCAGAGUUCGGACUUCGGGGACAACCCCCUGGACCCUAACUUCCUGCCCCCCCACUACAGAGAAGAAUACCGUCUCGCCAUUGAUGCUCUGGUGGAGACAGACCUACAGGGUUACUAUGAGUUCCUUCAGACAGCAGACGUGGUGGACUUCCUUUGUCAACCGGAGAUCGAACACAUCAAGACCACCGUCCAGACCCCCAGCCAGGCGCCAACCUCCAACGUACCAGAGCUGUCUUAUCAUGAGGCUGACGCAGACGGCUCGUCUGACACCUACUGGCCGUUGCACUCUGACACGGCUGCCCCGGGGUUGGACCUGGGCUGGCCCCUCCAGGCGCACAGCUUCAUCGGCCCCACAGAGGUCACGACCCUGGUCAACCCCAGCGACCCCGACAUGCCCAGCAUAAAGGAGCAGGCCAGGAGGCUCAUCAAGAACGCACAACAUGUGAUUGCCGUGGUGAUGGACAUGUUUACAGACGUGGAUCUGUUUGCUGACUUGCUGGAUGCCACGGCGCGUAACGUCCCCGUCUACAUCCUAUUGGACGAACAGAACGCCCAUCACUUCGUCUCCAUGGUGUCUAACUGCAAGAUCAACCUUGACCUUGUCCAUAUGAUGCGUGUGCGGACUGUGGCGGGGAUGACGUAUUUCUGUCGAACAGGGAUGUCGUUUAAAGGACAGGUGAAAGACCGCUUCCUAUUGGCUGACUGCAGGGCCGUGCUCAGCGGAAACUACAGUUUCAUGUGGUCCUAUGAGAAGCUGCAUCGCUGUAUCGCUCAUCUCUUCCUGGGAGAACUAGUCACCACCUUUGACGAGGAGUUCCGCAUCCUGUUCGCCCAAUCACAGCCUCUCACCGUAGACCACGCCCUAGUGCCCGUGUCCUCUGACAGCAGCAGCAGCAGUUACUACGGCAACCAGUUCGGGAUGAAGGGGCCUCAUCGACACCCUCGGGGUUUCCAACGACACACCCCAGAACUUACCGGCUUCCCCUUCGGAGGAGGAGAAACUGAGCGUUCUGCAUUCCGUAGGGAUGACCUGUUCCGACAUGCCAUAGAAUCCGGAGGAGGACUGAAUCUUGGGACGUUUGCAGCGUCGCAGCAGCUCAGGAUGCAGCAGUCCUUCCUGGAGCAGGGCCGCUCCAUGGUCUCCAGGCAGAUGGAGAUAAGUGCCAGUGACUAUAAGGGUCAAAGCAACGCAGAGGGAACCCAGGAGAGUUACUCCUCUUCCAGACAGUACAUGAAGCACAGAGUCAUCAACAACCAAGAGGAGACAGAGCAGCACUACCACAGGGAGCAGAGCCAGUCCAGCCACUUCUACCAGGGUGGUGAGGGACCUGGGUUAAUGCCGGGGCUGGGGCUAGGCUCAGGGCUAGGAGGACAUGGGUCAGGACAUGGGUCAGGCCAUGGACGCUACGACAGGCUGAGGAACAGACCAGCGCUGGACCAGUACUCUGACUCAGGCUACCCCCAUGAGGAACCUCCUGGUCCAGAGGACUACGGCAGAGACUACCUCUCCUCUCAGGACCUGAAACACAACCCGGGACCACCACCGGCAGGGGGGAGGUACGGAGGUGGCAGCGACCACAAGAGACCGACGGUGGGCCAGCCCUACGUCUGCCAGUCCUCCCCCACCCAUCCCAACCCCCCAGAGAAGCAGCUGUUCCCCGUCCCAGCAGAGGCAGACCAGGACCCCAAAGUCAGACAGGGCCUCCGUAGCUGGAGGAUCAACUCCUACCUCAGCACCCACGAAGACACAGGAGAGGAGGGGCUGCCACAACCUCUGGGCCCUGAUGCUUUCCAAGACCCAGAGUCUGAGGGGAAAUCAUUCGCCAGUGAGGGGUCUGUAUCCCGCUUUGAAGCGAGAGAGCCUCCGGAUGUCCCCUCCAAGCCUAGACCGGAUAUCCGACCGCCACGGUACGGCAAGCCCUUCAUGCCUGAGGGCACGAGAAAGGACGGGGCCGACAGCAGGACCAUAGAGCGGGAGAGAGCGAGAGAGAAAGACCGAGAGAGGGAGAGGGAGGUGGGGGGGAGGGAGGUUGGGGUGGAUGUGGAGAUGCCAUCGUCGAGGGAGACUUCGGGAGAGGUUGUGCUCUCCAAACACGAGUCGUUCCGGACACGGAUCAACCCGAUGCUCCAGAGGACCUCCCGGCUGCGCUCCUCCCUCAUCUUCUCCUCCUCCAAGACGGAGACCCACCUGGGAGGCCUGGGCAUGAAGGUGGCCAAUGAGGAGGAUGAGGAAUCUGACAUGCUUCGCACCACCUCCAUCGUCCAACAGAUCCUGGAGAAGAGAUUUACCCGGGAACCCUUCGAGUGGCGGAAGAAGGCAGAGGAGAACGAGAGAGAGAAGAAGAAGAAGGCAGAGGAGAACGAGAGAGAGAAGAAGAAGGAAGACGAAGGGAAAGAGGUUGGGUUGAUAGAGGCUAUGCCCCCCAAAGUCGCCCCAGCAUCUAUAGAUCCCCCCCAGCCGUUGAACAUGAAUGACCCUGCCAAUAGACUGCAGUACUUCAAGGAGCUGGCUGCUAAGAGAAACGCAUCCAAAGAGGCCGCCAUGAAAGAACCACUUCAGAAGACACCAGACCUCUCAAACACGACUUCUUCCACCACCACCUCCUCCACCACCACAUCUUCCCCCACCACCUCCUCCUCCUCCACCACCACCUACUCCACCACCACCUCUUCCCCCACCACCACCUCCUCCACCACCACCUCAGCCCCCAAAGUCCCCUCGUUCUCUGUGACUGCUUCAGAGCCUGCCCCGAUGAAACCACAAGUCCCAGCCGUACUAGAGCGAACACGCAAACUGUCCAUCACCUCAAGAUUCAAAACCUUUGAGCCUUCUACUACUACAGUCCAGAGGAAAGACAGCAGCUCAGAGUCACAGAGGACAGACAGCAGCUCUGAGUCACAGACGAAAGACAGCAGCUCUGAGUCACAGAGGACAGACAGCAGCUCUGAGUCACAGAGGACAGACAGCAGCUCUGAGUCACAGAGGAAAGACAGCAGCUCUGAGUCACAGAGGACAGACAGCAGCUCUGAGUCACAGAGGACAGACAGCAGCUCUGAGUCACAGAGGAAAGACAGCAGCUCUGAGUCACAGACGAAAGACAGCAGCUCUGAGUCACAGAGGAAAGACAAGGAGCCCAGUAAGAUUCUGAAACCUUUCUCUUCUCUGAAGCCUUUCUCUUCUCUGAAGCCGUUCAAGAGCUCCAACCCUCGCCGCGUCUCCUGUGAUGUGGAAACGCUAACAACAGACGCCACGGACGCAGAGAAAAGCGAGCUGAAAAAAUCUCGCUCCCAAAGCUUGUCCAGUAUGUCUCGCGCUGAGUCCAAGGAGAUAAAGAACCUGGGCUCCAACACCUCCCUCAACACCCUGGGAGGGGAGGGCAAGGUCGACACCAAGCCCCUGGACUUCCUGAAGAAGCAGACCCAGAAACUCAAAGGCUUCCUGGGACCCAAGGACAAGAAGAGCUCUGUUGGUGCGACAUCGGUUUCCAGCGGAGACAACAAGACGAUGAGAACUGUGGUGGAGAGCUCCGAGGAGUCUGGGGCCGCAGCUACACGCCUAGGCUCCUCUUCCGCUGCCGACGCUAAAGCCGCAGACUACGUCACUUCCUCAGACAAUCACAAAAUGGCAGGUCCGUCUCGAUACCAGACCUCCAGCGGCUCGGUUCUGUUCAGUAGCAACCUGAGAGAUGACACCAAGGUCAUCCUGGAACAGAUUUCUGCCAACAGCCAGAAAAAACGUCUGGAGAGAGGAGGAGGAGAGGAGGCCGGAGGGGAGAAGGGGGUAGACAUGGCAGGAGAGAAAGGAGGGUUGGAGAGGAAUCCGUCGCUUGGGAGGAACCGCUUCCUACGGCCCCAGAGCAACCCUCAGGAGAGAGACAGCCUGCUGAAGAGGAUGGAGAGCAUGAGGAAGGAGAAGAAGGUCUACAGCCGUUUUGAGAUGGGGAAUAACCUGGGAUAACUAAAGAUGGCCGAGGAAGCUAUUGACUGGAAGCUUAGUGUGCGUGGAGGGCUCACAAACACACACACCAUUCCCAGUUCACCAACAUAUGUGGCAAACGCAUCAUCAGAACCCCCGAAGGAGAGAGAGGGAGAACACAAAACACAACAACAGCAGAUAGCUGUGUCAUCAGACUGUAGUCUUCCUGGUACAGUCAGACACCGUUCACAACCUUUAAAAAACAGACUACAAAAAACGGGAGUUGAAACUGUACCCAUAUGUGUGCCAAAGCUGGUCUUCUCUGGUUGGCUAUUUUGCCUUAUAUGGACUCUAUGGGACAACUCUUCACUAAUUCACUGCAACCCUUCAUCAAACACCUGGAGUAAGAGAGAGAGAGUGUGUUCAUGUUUUACUGCAAGAAAGCAACUGAAAACAUGCCCAGUCACAAACCAUGCCUGUACAGAACUGCAAACUCCCAGUGUGUGUGUGUGUGUGUGUGUGCGUGUGCGUGUGCGUGUGCGUGUGCGUGCGUGCAUGUGAGUGGAAAUGUGUGUGUGUAAACUGGUAAUGCUGAAAGUAUGUCUGUGGGUUUACACAGCGCCACGUCACUCACCAAACUCAGAGAACUAUUAUUAACCAGUCUCUGGAGACAGAUGAGAGAGGGAAAGAAGAAGAGAGAGGGAGAGGGAGAGGGAAAGAAGAAGAAGAAGAGAGAGGGAGAGAGAGAGAGAGGGGGAGAGGGAAAGAAGAAGAGAGAGGGAGAGAGAAAGAAGAAGAGAGAGGGAGAGGGAGAGAGAGAGGGAGAGGGAAAGAAGAAGAGAGAGGGAGAGAGAGAGGGAGAGGGAAAGAAGAAGAGAGAGGGAGAGGGAAAGAAGAAGAAGAAGAAGAGAGAGGGAGAGAGAGAGAGAGGGGGAGAGGGAAAGAAUAAGAGAGAGGGAGAGAGAGGGAAAGGGAAAGAAGAAGAGAGAGGGAAAGGGAAAGAAGAAGAGAGAGGGAAAGGGAAAGAAGAAGAGAGAGGGAGAGAGAGGGAAAGGGAAAGAAGAAGAGAGAGGGAAAGGGAAAGAAGAAGAGAGAAGAAGGGAGAGGGAAAGGGAAAGAAGAAGAGAGAAGAAGAGAGAGGGAAAGGGAAAGAAGAAGAGAGAGGGAGGGAGGGAAAAUACAGAUUGAAGGAGAUGGAACAAGGCAGACCGACAGAGUCAGUAAGAAAGAGAGAGAGAGAGGUCUUUACAAAAAGUAUUUUAUUAAUUAAUCGGCAGUACUUUAGAUGACAAGUUGACAUUGAGACUGUUUUGUUUCAGCCCUGUGUGAAUACAGGUACCUUGAAAACAUGCAUCCUUCAGUUCCUUUACUUCCUGGUCUGACCUUAGAGAGUUGGAUUGGGUCUGACCUUGGAGAGUUGGAUUGGGUCUGACCUUAGAGAGUUGGAUUGGGUCUGACCUUAGAGAGUUGGAUUGGGUCUGACUUUAGAGAGUUGGAUUGGGUCUGACUUUAGAGAGUUGGAUUGGGUCUGACUUUAGAGAGUUGGAUUGGGUCUGACUUUAGAGAGUUGGAUUGGGUCUGACUUUAGAGAGUUGGAUUGGGUCUGACUUUAGAGAGUUGGAUUGGGUCUGACCUUAGAGAGUUGGAUUGGGUCUGACUUUAGAGAGUUGGAUUGGGUCUGACUUUAGAGAGUUGGAUUGGGUCUGACCCUAGAGAGUUGGAUUGGGUCUGACUUUAGAGAGUUGGAUUGGGUCUGACCUUAGAGAGUUGGAUUGGGUCUGACCCUAGAGAGUUGGAUUGGGUCUGACCCUAGAGAGUUGGAUUGGGUCUGACCUUAGAGAGUUGGAUUGGGUCUGACCCUAGAGAGUUGGAUUGGGUCUGACCCUAGAGAGUUGGAUUGGGUCUGACUUUAGAGAGUUGGAUUGGGUCUGACCUUAGAGAGUUGGAUUGGGUCUGACUUUAGAGAGUUGGAUUGGGUCUGACUUUAGAGAGUUGGAUUGGGUCUGACUUUAGAGAGUUGGAUUGGGUCUGACCCUAGAGAGUUGGAUUGGGUCUGACUUUAGAGAGUUGGAUUGGGUCUGACUUUAGAGAGUUGGAUUGGGUCUGACUUUAGAGAGUUGGAUUGGGUCUGACUUUAGAGAGUUGGAUUGGGUCUGACCCUAGAGAGUUGGAUUGGGUCUGACUUUAGAGAGUUGGAUUGGGUCUGACUUUAGAGAGUUGGAUUGGGUCUGACUUUAGAGAGUUGGAUUGGGUCUGACCCUAGAGAGUUGGAUUGGGUCUGACUUUAGAGAGUUGGAUUGGGUCUGACUUUAGAGAGUUGGAUUGGGUCUGACUUUAGAGAGUUGGAUUGGGUCUGACUUUAGAGAGUUGGAUUGGGUGUGAGUGAUAUUUCCACCACAAAAUCUUCACCUAUCCAGUGUAGUCAGGUCAGACAUCACUUUGAGGAAGGAUGGUAAAGAAGGUAGGAAGGAAGGAAGGUAGGAAGGAUGCAUCUCUAAAAUGUUGGAACAGAGCUGUAUCUUAUAUAAGAGCAUACAAACUGCCACGCCUUAAGUCUCUGUCUGUCUGUCUGUCUCUAUCUGUCUCUGUCUGUCUGUCUCUUUCUGGCUGUCUGUCUGUCUGUCUCUAUCUGUCUCUGUCUGUCUGUCUCUUUCUGGCUGUCUGUCUGUCUGUCUCUAUCUGUCUGUCUCUUUCUGGCUGUCUGUCUGACUCUAUCUGUCUCUGUCUGUCUGUCUCUGUCUGUCUGUCUGUCUGUCUCUAUCUGUCUCUGUCUGUCUGUCUCUUUCUGGCUGUCUGUCUGUCUGUCUGUCUGUCUCUAUCUGUCUCUGUCUGUCUGUCUCUUUCUGGCUGUCUGUCUGACUCUAUCUGUCUCUGUCUGUCUGUCUCUGUCUGUCUGUCUCUAUCUGUCUCUGUCUGUCUGUCUCUAUCUGGCUGUCUCUUUCUGGCUGUCUCUGUCUGUCUGUCUCUUUCUGGCUGUCUGUCUGUCUCUAUCUGGCUGUCUGUCCACUACACCAAAGAUGUGUAAAUACCAUUUCCAAGUACAUGAACACACUCUGUAAAAACACUUAGUGAGGGAAUAUAGUUCUGAAUAAUGAGUUCAUGAUAAGGGCUCUUAGUGUAAAUAUUGAUAUAGAUAAAACAGGCUUGUUGUUAGUACUGUAACAAGUGAUGGAUGAUAGCCUAUCACCAGGCAUUGGUUGUGUCAUCUACAUUAUGAUUAAUAACUGUAAUGAGACAGUAAGUAUAUCAGAAUUAAAGGGAUAGAGCACAGCAGAGAAAUACGGUUUUCUUUUACUAUUCUAUUGUGGUUUAUGAUGUCAUGUUUUAACAAAAAAUGUAUUGUAAUAAAGUCAUGUGGCCAAAGCUGA